AGUCAGCUUCACAUUUCAUUCGCGUUCGACUCGCGUCCACGAUGGUGCUCACAUUAGCCUUCGCGGCUCUCGCGACCUUCGCAACUCUGUAUUUUCUCCGACUGUACCACACGGCGACUAAUCGAGAAUGCAGGUCCCUAAAAACUCUGAAUGGAAAAACGGCCAUCGUCACUGGAGGCACGACGGGCAUGGGACUAGAAAUAGCCACAGACUUCGCUCGCAGAGGCGCCAGGGUUAUCAUCGCUUGCCCGUUCCCGCAAGAAGGGAUCGACGCACAGAGAAUAAUCGAAGAAAAAACCCACAAAAAAGUUGUCUUCAAACUCCUCGACUUGGGCUCUUUGGAAUCAGUCCGAUCGUUCGCCGCCGAUAUCCUGAAGAAUGAAGAUAGAUUGGAUCUUUUAAUGAACAAUGCUGGCAUCGGAAUGCCCAAGAACUUUGAAACUAAGGAUCGUUUGAAUUUUAUAAUGCAGGUCAAUUAUUACGGGCAUUUUUUACUGACGAUACUACUGCUCCCGCUUUUGAAGAAGACUGGAACGGCCGCGGAACCGGCCAGGGUGGUCAACACGUCAUCUAGACUGCAUUAUUUUGGGACAGUCGAUCUAAGCGAUUCUGAAAUCAAUUGGCUGAGCUUCUUCAGUUACUGCAACAGCAAAUACAGCAUGAUACUCUUCUCCAGAGAGCUGACUAGGAGAAUCAAAGGAUUUCAUCUUGUGGUUCACAGCGUAGACCCUGGUACCGUCGGGACGGGUAUCUACAAUUGCUCUGGCAAAAUCCUAGGCGCCAUCUGUAGAUACUUACUAAUUUUCUGCAGCAAGACGCCUAAAGUGGGUGCCCAGACGGCAUUGCAUGUAGCUUUAGAUGAUGAAAUUGGUCGAACGAGCGGGGGAUAUUUCGAGAAUUGCAGACCAGCUCGAGCCAUACUCUGGGGCGACAAGGCCAAGAAUGCCCGAAUACUGUGGGAAGAAUCUAUCACACUCGUCAAACUUACUGACGACGAGGUGGAACAAAGUUUGAAAUAAUA